AUGUUUUGUCUUAGAAGUUGGCUCCCUCUUCUCUUCAUCCCCACCAACGCCUCUCCAAUCUUCAUUUUCCUCUUCUUCAUCUGCACUUACUUCCUCAACCGACCCUGCGUAUACUGUUCACUCCUUCUCUUAAUCCUAUUCGCCUCUUCCUGUCACUGGGCCGACCACUGUUUCUUCGACUUCAGCAGUAAUUGGUUUCAACCACGCUCCUCAUCCUAUUCUCUUUCCGAAAUAAACAACCAAACAGCCCUCUCAAAUGAGAUCAUAGACAAUGUGCUAAUGUACGCCGGCGCCUUCAAUAAAACUGCAAUAGCAUUAGCAGGUACGGCACUAGAGGAUGCGAAGAAUAAUUUGGCGAGUAGGGAGUGGACAGGUAUUGGGGUUGAGUGGUUGAGGAAUUUAUUAGGGAAGAGGGAAUGGAGGUUGGAAUGUGUGGAUGUGUAUAUCAGGCUUUGA